GUAAUUACCUUGUUCCUGAUCCCCACACUCCAUUAUCACUCUCUGCCCAUUCAAAUUUCUGUGAAUAUCUUUCACAUUCGUAUCAUGUCUCCUCUCUGGUUCGUCUUUCUUUUGAGAUCAUCAGGCUCAGUUCUUUUUUUUUUUCCGUCCUUUAUCGUAGGUCACUCCUCUCAGCUCUGGGAUCAGUGUUAUUGUCUGGGUUUACCUGGGUUUCGGUGGUUAAUUGAGUUUAUAGCCUAUCGACUUCAUAACUAUCAUGGGACUGCAUAUAACCUGUCCACCACUAAUUAAUUCUUAAAAUGAGGAUUAAAUUCUCAGUGUACAUACACUGGCAGUAACCUCUCAGUGUACAUACACUGAACCACAUAUACGUCCUUGUAUAUGUGCAUGAGUGCAUAGUGGGUAUUUGUUUAUGAGGUAAUCUGGGGUGCUGCCGCCAGGUGGCAGGUAUAUGUUUAUGAGAUAGUGUGGGGUGCUGCCGCCAGGUGGCAGUGGAAGCAACCAGAGGUACCUGUGGUGAAGGCAACUCACUUGAGAGUGGAGACUCGCGGAGGAAACAUGAGUGAGGCGGCUCCAGUGCAGCCUACGUCAGUUCCGCGAUCUGUGGCGCCGGCGGGCGGUGAGUGAGAGUCGUGUACUUGCUGGUGAUGGGUAGGGCCGAGCGUCGGAGUGCGUGAUGCUGGCGCAGGAAGCACAAGUCCCCGGUAGGGACAAUGUGGUGCGGCUCACUUACUCUGCCGGCCCCUCCACCUCCUCCUCCAAAGAGGACCUCAAGGAGAAGAGACCCGAUCUCACCCAGCAGAGCCAGAUAGAUGAACAGCGGCGUCUAGAGGAGCUUAUGGACCGAGCUCAGCUGAAUGCCGGCAAGGAGGCCCUCAGACAGCUCCUCAAAGAGAGAAAAGUUAAAAAGAAAAAGAAAACCUCAUGUUUAACAUUGCUGAAACUGUAUCUUACCAUCCUGUCAGGUCUGAUGAUCAUAGGAGGCCUCUUCACCUUGUUAUUCCUGGUGCCUAUGAUCAUUGACCCAGCGCUAGCCACUCUCAGCUACGAAUUCCAACCUACGCCCGUCCUCUGCAUGACCACUUUCGCUGAGCUGGUAGUUGGCAUUAAAAACAUAUCUUGGUGUUCGUGUACUGAGGGCUGCACCAAGGACAUAUACAAUUGCUCGCAAAUCACAGUGGUGUACAGAAACUGUGUCGUGCGAAACGAGUCUGAAACCGUAGUGGCCUCAAUGGAUGGGGAGUGUGAAGUGGGUGGGAACAGUUCGCUAACAGUUGAGGAGACCCACAACGUUACCACCUACAUUGACCCCGCUCACUGGGACGUGCUAAACGCCUCGUUAUUUAUAAAUGUUAAAGGCUGUGGCUACCCUCCCGCGGUCAACUGUUCCAUAUUUUACCAGUAUUUCGGAAAGCCAGGCCGCAGGUUCUGGUGUUACUACAGCAGACGGGAUCCUUUCGUCGUUAUGCCCGACUUUGACCCCGACCUGGCCGGCAACCAGCUGGCUAUGUCCCUGGGCUGGACCAUCGGGGCUCAGGUGGGAGGAGUGCUGGUCAUCAUGAUCCUUCACUGCCCCUACAUCGCCUUCAUCAAGAACUUGUAUCGGAAGCGCCCUACGUUACUUUCCAAGUCAGCUGGUAACAAAGGCAACACCAGCUCCACUACUAAUCUGGUCACCAGUUGGAAGGAUAAGGACAAGCCCAGACAGCCAGUGUUCCAGAGGGACUGGUACGACGUCCACACCUGAGCCAGUCACAGGCGCCUCCCAACGUUGAAUUAGUAUUAUUAUAUGCAAGGGAGGAAGCGCUUUUCCCGUGUGCGUCAUGUAGCGCCUGGGUAAUGGGAGGUAAUCAGGUUUGAUCCGUGUAAGGGAGGAGAGUAGUAGCUCCUAUCCGCUGGAACGAAGCUGGUAUCACUCUCUUCUAGGCAUGAAUCUCGUCAGAGCUUCUUGUGUAAACCACCUCCCCUGCCCCUGGUAAAUUCUACCAAUAGUAUAUAUAUAUAUCUCCAGAAGAACACAAUCCGCCACCGGAACCUCGUACCAAUGAAGUCUUCCACAGGAGGGCCAUUGGUACCUCCCACUGGCUGGAAUGCCCACUGGAGUCAUUCACUGAAAUUACUAUACUGUUGACCUACCCAUCAUAACAACAGUGUGAUAUCUCUCAUAUCCAGUGGAUCUCAUCCAAACAGCUUAGAUAUGGAUCACCUGGUGUUUCAUCCAAGGUGUUACACUCUGAUCCACUCUCCCCCCCCCCCCCUUCACUCCCCAAAACACCACACACGACAUGGUUUCCUGUCUAUCAGUGAGACCUAAAAGCAGGUCUGGUAAUGUAACCUAGUCAAGCUGAAAGAGGAGGUAAAAAAGAUCAGGCUGGAACAACAGUUGCUUGAAAGAAUAACUCAGAACAACAGCAGAGGAGGUGAAACGAGAAUCGAGAAUCAGGAACGAAUAGCAACAAUCAAUAUUUACGAUAAACAGAAGCCAGUAACUGCUGAAUGGAAGAAAAGGAAGAUAGAACAACCCCUGUGGACAGACACACCUGUGGAAACACAUGUAAGGUUCCUCAAGGUCGUCCUGCCUCUGUACCUGAACACUCCCUAAAAGUGUGAUGAAACACACAUUAGGGCGCAAACAAAUAGUAUAUCAAGUUACCGGACCCCGUGGCGCAAAAUAUGUUUAUUUUAAGAGGCAUUCUGACGGGUUUAACCUAGGAAAAAAAUGGGUUUCGUCGCUGGAAAUUAGGUUACGUGACUGAAGACAAGGUUACGUGACUGAAGACAAGGUUACGUGACUGAAGACAAGGUUACGUGACUGAAGACAAGGUUACGUGACUGAAGACAAGGUUACGUGACUGAAGACAAGGUUACGUGACUGAAGACAAGGUUACGUGACUGAAGACAAGGUUACGUGACUGAAGACAAGGUUACGUGACUGAAGACAAGGUUACGUGACUGAAAACAAGGUUACGUGACUGAAAACUAGGUUACGUGCUGGCAAUUUCUGAGGCAGUGUCGUUAAGUGAUCUGCUGUAGGUACCAUGAAAAUACCAGCGAUGCAGCAAUACAGUACAGCACGGCAGCACUGCGUCAUUGUUGCGAGGGGCGGCGAGGCUGUCAUUAAACAGAAAACAUUUUCAUAGAACUAUCGAACCAGCAUAGGUGACUUGUGACCAGAGCCUUCACACGGUGCGGCUAGGGAGGGAAUCUCAUGUUCUACGGCUCUCGGAGUGAUGCAUCUCCUGGCCCCACCCCACUGUAGGCUGGUUCCAGAGUCUCCGGAGUGAGAAGUGUCUGCUGGAACGCCUGUGUAAAGGAACGCCUGUGUGAAGGAACACCAAGAGAAUAAAAACACUAGGACACACGUCAAGGAGCGACAGUCUUGAGACAGAAACUACUUAAGAUUAGCGUAAAGAAAACAUUUGCACAUCUUAAACUAAGACGAAGACAAGAAGGGACCAUCCCAGGCUCUCGGUCAUGGCAAGUCGGGGGCGAUACAUCACUCUCUCCAGUGUACAACUACGCUACCUCCCCCUUAGACCAGCUAAACCUUAGGGGGGGCUUAGCAUAUUCUUGGGGAAGCACUUAAUCCGCAAGGGGAGACGGCGCAAAUCCACUCCCAAGGAAAAAUGAGCUCCAUUUUCAUGGAUAAAGAGCUCUUCAGCCAUGUCUUCAGACAAGGACUCUGUCACUCACUGUAGCAUUACAUUGGGGGAAGCGCUAAACUCGUAAUAGGGUAUACAGCGCUUGGGGAAUGGAAGGUAAUCAGGCUUGAUCCUAGGAAGCAGCGUAGAUGGGUCCCUCAUUAAUUCACACAAGAUGCCAAAUGUAAUUUUUAA